CAGAUUGGGAGUAAACCACGUCACAGGUGGGCAUUUUUGCCCUGGUCAAUCUGGAAGGAAAUUAGGGUUUUUUUCUUCUUCUUCUUCGCAUAUAAAUUCAGCAAACGAGAGCCAUAAAUCUCAUUUGCAGCAGCAGCCUCUCUUUCGCAUCUUGUGAUUUGAGCUUCGUGUUUGUGUUGGGUUAAGCAAUUCGCCAAGAUGCAGAACGAAGAGGGUCAAAACAUGGAUCUUUACAUCCCCAGAAAAUGUUCGGCCACUAAUAGGCUGAUCACCUCGAAGGAUCAUGCUUCUGUCCAGAUUAAUGUUGGGCAUUUGGAUGAGCUUGGCAGAUACACUGGAACUUUCUCCACUUUUGCUCUUUGUGGCUUUGUCCGUGCCCAGGGUGAUGCUGACAGUGCACUUGACAGGCUUUGGCAGAAGAAGAAAGCUGAAGUCCGACAGCAGUAGUGGGAGGUGGAUUGCUUUUUACUAAUUGCUUGGUCUCUGAAUUUUGGAGGGAAAAUGUGUUUUUUUUUUUUAAUCAGUGACCUUUAAGUUCUAGCUUGGUUUUUUAAAAUGGAUUAUGUUGAAUUUGAUCUGAUGAUGUUUCGUACCUAAUUUGCUUGCAUUGAACCUCAUAUAUUAUCUUUUUGUUGGCUUA